ACUUAAUUACUAUUUUACCCCUGGCCAAUAUUGGCUCCUCCCGUCCUUUCUCUUACUCUUCCUCCUCUUUCUGUUUUGUUUUGGCCCCAAAACCCUAAAUUCCUUUAGCUUAAACCCUCGCUCUGUCAAAGUCAAAAGCAGUUUCUUUGAAUUGAAGAAGAAAGCAACGGCCUUUGAUAUAGAAAGUAGUGAUACAAUAUGGAAUCAUCACAAGCUUGGGUUUUUACGAAGCUGAUUAAGAUGUUAACUUUGAAGCUCCACCACCCCAUUCCAAGAGCACCGCCUUCACUCUAUCUCUUGCAAACGCGCCUUUUCAGCGAUAUAAGGCGACCCGUCAGAGACAGCGAACGUAGCAGUUUUAAUAGCAAUGGGGAUAGUGAUAAGGCUCCCGAGCCUAUUCCCGACAGACCCUUAAGGGGUCAGAGGCCUCUCAAUCCCUCUUCCAGAGAAACCAAAGGAGCCACCCUUAAUAGUAAUGGUUCCUCUUUUCAAUCCCCCAAUACCAAGUUUACUUCUGGUCCUGACAAGAAGAGAGAGGACUCUCAAUCUGAUGUAAACUUUCUGGAAAAAUUCAAGCUUGGCCUUGACAACAAGAGAGAAAAACAGCCCUCAUAUUUAGAAGCAGCAGCCCAGGUACGGAUAAAAGAGCAAGAAGAAAAGCUUUCUCCGCCACAGGAUGCUAAUGAGAUUUUCAAGAAAAUGAAGGAGACGGGUCUCAUCCCCAAUGCCGUAGCUAUGCUUGAUGGGCUCUGCAAAGAUGGGCUUAUCCAAGAAGCAAUGAAACUUUUUGGAUCAAUGCGGGAGAAAGGCACAAUCCCGGAAGUUGUUAUAUACACAGCUGUUGUUGAUGGCUUCUGCAAAGCCCAUAAGCUUGAUGAUGCAAAGAGAAUUUUCAGGAAGAUGCAAUCGAAAGGGGUAAUUCCUAAUGCCUUUACUUAUACCGUCUUGAUUCAAGGAUUGUAUAAAUGUAACCAAUUGGAUGAUGCCAUUGAGUUUUGUUUAGAAAUGCUUGAAGCGGGACAUUCUCCAAAUGUAACCACAUUUGUGGGCUUAGUUGAUAGAUUAUGUAAGGAGAAGGGUGUGGAAGAAGCAGAGACCGUUAUUGGAACUUUAAAACAAAAGGGAUUUGUGGUUGAUGACAAAGCUGUUAGAAAGUUUCUGGAUACGAAGGCACCUUUUUCACCUUUGGUGUGGGAAGCAAUAUUUGGGAAGAAAACCUCUCAGAGAACAUUUUAAGUCUUUUUUUUUCUUUCUUUUGUUAGGCUCCCAACAUUUGUAAGUCUCUUUUUCCUGUCCCUUUUUCUUGGUUUCCUGUUAUUUGUUUCCCCCUUGUGUGGGACAAUAAGGAAAAUUCUUAGAUUUUAUGAAUGGAUGUUACCUCUUCUUUUCUAUACAAUUUCUUAUGUUUGUGUUUUGCUGCCUUUGAAUGUGUUGGUUUUUAUGAUUUCAACUGUUAUCACUGAAUGCGAGAUGGAAGCAAUUAGCAACCAUGCUUUCUUUUUUUCAGUAGCUCUUACUACAAUUGCUGCUAUGUUGCGUCAUAAAUCAUCAUACGUUGCAGGAGAAAACUAAAAUCAGAUUAAAAAUAUAUAGCAGAAUGAUUAGAUAAAUGAGUUAUCCUUAAACUGCAAGAAAAGAAACAAAAGGACAGGGAAACAUGGAAAUGAUCAUGAUUUUUUAUUUUUGGCUACUUUAGCAUUUAGUAAUGUUGAACCACUAUCCAGUUCCAGGAAGACAUGUGCAAUUUGUCAGAUUCAUUUGGAUCGAAAAUCUACAUGCAGAAUUUGCAUUUCAUAUCAGUUGAUCCAGUGAUAAGAAUGCCUAAGUAGGGCCAUUCACUUUGGAAUUCUGUUUACUGUUUAAGCUAUGCAAGCCAUUAGAAAUGGAGAUCCUAAUUUUUUGGCCCAAACCUUCACAAUAGCACUUCUUCCUUGUACCUGCAUAACCAUCUAGUACUGUUUUGCAAGUGUUGUUGACCUAAUCAGAUGAUUUGCUUGUCACAAGGUGCUGUUUCGACAAACAGUAUCAUGACAUAAUGUUUUAAGUCAGGCUUGGUAAAAAGAUGUCUUAAUAUGCAUACUAGUUUCAUUAGUCUCCUAAUGGACAUUCUGCAAUAUCUUGACUAGCUCCUGGAGUUGGAGGAGUUGCGGAGACAGCUCAAGGAGCUUAUUGAUGCAUGCUACAUCAGACCAUCAAAAGCCCCAUAAGUGAUGUGUUAAUGUGUAUUAUAUUUUCUUUAGACUUCAGAUGGGCAUUUCGUAAUAUCUUGGCUAAGUUUGGAUGAACCAAUUUUCUCAUAUGGUUCCUUUUUUCUUGUUGCAUAACAAAUGGCUACAAGUCUAUGAGUAUGUUAAGGCA